CAACGACAGAAGAAGAAUUUUGCCAGGCUGUUUGUUAAAAAAAAAGAAGAAAAAGAGGAAAUUUGACUGAAGUCUUGUUAGAUCCGGAGCUGCCAAUGUAAUGGUUCACGCCACUUUAAUCAGUUAUGAACAGAAAAAGGGCCCUUAUAUCAGACACGUUUACAGUGAAGAAACGUAAAGGUGGCAAGGAGAAGCAGUUUGGAGCAGUCAACAAUGGAGAAGAGGGAAAAGUGGAUGUCAAAACCACCCUGCAGGACAUUAUGACACUCUUCCCACGCAAACUUUUUAAUGAUGCUCUGCCACAAAUUGUUCUAAAACACCAACUCUACAGUAUUCACAAAGAUAAGACGCAAGUGGACAGGCAACUGAGCGACUUGAUUGAACAGGGAGAGCUGUUAAUGUUCCAGCUGGGCUUUGACGCUGAGGCCUUUGGGUUGGUGUUCACUGCGGACUACAAGGAUAAAGUCCUGGCAGGAGAGGAGGGAAGAGCGACAAAGGGCACAGUGGAGAAGUUUCUGGAGAAAGUGCUGCCCUCCUGCAGUGACCUGAGCUUCAACAAAGACAAUAUGCUCAAGAAGUUCCUCUUCACAGAUUCAGAGAUAACGCAACUGGUGAAGUCAGGGGUUCUAACUGUGAGGGAUGCUGGCAGCUGGUGGCUUUCCAUCCCCAACUCUGGCAAAUUCACCAAAUACCUAAUACAGGGCCGUAAAGCUGUCCUCAGCAUGGUCAAGAAGUCGAAAUAUAAUGAAGUCUUAAAGGCAGAACUGGAGGGGAGACGGACCAACUCUCACAUUAAAUUCCAGAUCAAGUACCACAUUCAUGACAUCAUUGGUGCAGAGUUGGUAGAAUGUAUUCCCACAACUUCUGGAACACUUUUAAGGUGUGUGGACAAAUGAACUCAACUACUGUAACUUAACAGAUACAACAACUGCGUUAUGUUCCACUGAACCCCUCAGAGCAACUGACCAUGGCAAGUGACCAUGUUACACCAGUUAUUCUUUAUUGCCUUGUAUAGAAAAAUUUAUUUGUGGAUUUUCUGCCAACUGUACAAAGGUAUCAGGUUAUAAAUGUCCUGAUGUGUAAAAUACAAAAGUGUCAGGUUUGUGA